GCUCUGGCUCACAGAGGUGGCUGGGACCGUUAGCUCGCCAGGCUGGAAGGCUCGGGGGCCCAGCUCCGCCAGCAGCCGGGAUGGAGACGAUGCGAGCGCAGCGGCUGCAGCCCGGCGUCGGUGUCGGCGGGAGAGGCACUCUGCGAGCCCUGCGGCCGGGGGUGACCGGAGCCCCGACUAGCGCCGCCACACCCCCCGCGGGCCCGCCGCCCGCCCCGCCGCCGCCCGCCCCGCCCCCGCCGCCGCUGCUCCUGGCUGGGGCCCCCGGGCUGCCCCUGCCCCCCGGCGCCGCGGGGAGCCCUGCGGUGCUGCGCGAGGCGGUGGAGGCGGUGGUGAGGAGCUUCGCCAAGCACACGCAAGGCUACGGCCGAGUGAAUGUGGUGGAGGCCCUGCAGGAAUUCUGGCAGAUGAAGCAAUCCCGGGGCGCUGACCUAAAGAACGGGGCUCUGGUGGUGUAUGAGAUGGUUCCCUCCAACAGCCCUCCCUACGUCUGCUACGUCACGCUGCCUGGGGGAAGCUGCUUUGGGAGUUUCCAGUUUUGCCCUACAAAAGCCGAGGCCCGGCGAAGUGCUGCAAAGAUUGCGUUAAUGAACUCUGUGUUUAACGAGCAUCCGUCCCGAAGAAUUACUGAUGAGUUUAUUGAGAAGAGCGUGUCAGAGGCCCUGGCAUCUUUCAACGGUAACAGAGAGGAAGCCGACAACCCAAAUACAGGGAUUGGUGCUUUCCGCUUCAUGCUGGAAUCCAAUAAGGGCAAGUCGAUGCUGGAGUUCCAGGAGCUCAUGACAGUGUUUCAGCUACUGCACUGGAAUGGCAGCCUUAAGGCCAUGAGGGAAAGGCAGUGCUCUCGCCAGGAGGUGUUGGCUCAUUACUCACAUCGGGCCCUGGAUGAUGAGAUCCGCCACCAAAUGGCUCUGGACUGGGUGAGCCGGGAGCAGGGUGUCCCAGGGGCUCUGUCAAGAGAGCUGGCUUCCACGGAACGGGAGCUGGACGAAGCUCGGCUGGCAGGCAAGGAGCUGCGCUUCCACAAGGAGAAGAAAGAUAUCCUGAUGCUGGCUGCUGGGCAGCUGGGCAACAUGCAUUCCUCCAGCUGCUGAGCACCCGCCCUCUGCUCGCGUGCUCUUCCCGCCCCUGUUUGUAUGUCUCCUUUCUAAGACGUAGGAUGAUUUCUGUAAAUACUUUCUCAAUUUUAUACUUUAAAAUAUAGAUAUAUAUAUAUAUGUGUGUAAAUUCUACACCCAGAUUCCUGUUUGCUAAAAGAUCAGUUUUCUAACUUCCAGUUUGGCAUGUAGUUACCUUUGAAAGGUCACUUUUCCAUUUUUAGGGCUUUUCUGGUUCUUAAACCUUCAGAUUAACUAAGUCAUUAACAUGUACUCUGGAAAGAAGUCAUUUCAGUAGUACAGUACAAUUUGCCAGGUGUUCAUGUUUCUUUCUUUCUUUCUUUCUUUCGUUGGUUUUGGUUUUGGUUUUUCGAGACAGGGUUUCUCUCUGUGUAGCCUUGGCUGUCCUGGACUUGCUUAGUAGACCAGGCUGGCCUGGAACUCACAGCGAUCCUCCUGCCUCUGCCUUCCUGAGUGCUGGUGUUACAGGUGUGAGCCACCACAUCCAGCCGUGUCUCUUUCCUUUAAAAUAGUAGCCAGCUGUGGUGACUUAUAGCUAUAAUGUCUGCGCUCAGGAGUCUGAGGCAGUGUUGCUGUCAGUACGAGGCCAGCCUGGACUCCAUAGUGAGUUCCAGAUC